AUGGGCGUUGUGAACACAGAAGAAUCAGAUGUUGCCGUUGUUCCUGUUCCUGGCGUUUUUACUCGUGGUCGUUGGAAAUGUUGGGACUAUAGGGACAAUCCCGUUGUUGAAGAAAAAGUUUUAAAUUACAGCGAUAAAGUUGAAAAGAACGCAGCAACAAAUGAGGAUAUGGAUGAUCCGAUUGUUCAAGUGAAAAAAAUUUAUAUUCUACUUUUUGAUCCAAAUUCUCGAGGGAAACCAGUUCCUGAUGCUACAAGUGAAAUUAUUUUUCCUUCAAUUGACACCUCCGCUACGGCCGAAUCACUUCCGCAGACUAUUGCCGAUGUCCAUGCAUCUACGGAGGGUUCUUCUACACCUGUAACAAUGGUUUUUUCGGGACCUAUCACAGGGAAUGAAAAUGGCUCUUUAACUUCUUCAAAAGAGUCGAGUACUAUUGUCGUUACUUCAAUCACUCCCGCGCCGGCAACUCUGCUUCGGGGAGCAUCUCGUGCUGUGACACUUCCAACAUCUCCAGAGCAGCAACCCCUUGUUUCUUCAACUUUAACAGUCUUGAACGAAGGCGAGAUUACUGUGAAUUCAUCGGUGCCUUUAUCUCCGGCUGUAACACAGAGCUCUACAACGGCAACAAUCAGUAGUUUGUCACCUCAAGCAAGUUUAGCUAACUCAAGUCUUGUGAAUCCAUCAUUAACAAAUCUUGCAUCAGUAAACUCUAAUGGGACUGCAUGUUCGGUGUCUGCAAACGUUGUUCAACCCGCAAGGCAAAUUCUUAAUCGUGACUCGAGUGUAGUGCAGAGCAGCACUUCUCCAGUCCUUUCUCGACAGACGUCUCUAGCUUCGUUUUCCGAGGUUCCGAACGCCGCAGUUCCAACUAUGUUGUCACCAAUAGAGUCUGUCCUCGAAGACGCGUUCUUUGCCUUGAUGGAUCUUUAA